AUGUCUUCCCCAACUAUCAUUAGCUCAUCCAACGUCACGAUGCUCGGGGAUGUUGUUGUUGUCGAGAUCGAUGGUUUAGACGCGUCGUGGGCUACUUAUGUCUUGUCUUUAGACAUGGAAUCUCCUGGACGAAAGAGAGUUGUUUUUCGCUUCAAAGACCUUCGUCGCAAUGAGGGAUCGAAGCCGGAUGAAGACAUGAUGCCAGUGGUUAAGUCUGAGGAGGAGAACAUCAAAACCGAGCCUGAGGAAGAUCUGACAAUUAAGGUCGAGGAGGACCUUCCUGAACUUCUUCCGGCAAUUGCUUGUACAGUGUCUCCAUGUCGUCUACUCUCACUGCGCUGCAACAAUCCAGCCAAUCCUAAUCGUACUGACAAGCCUUGGUGCUACUGGGUCCGCCAACUUACAAACUCGGAUGUUGCUGCCGCAGUCGCCAGAAGAGAAGCAGAUGACAUCCUUCAAAUUUUUGGGAUGCCCCACUAUUUCUAA